AAAAGCGCAGGAUGGGUCACGCGUGCACAAAACAACAACAAUAGCUGUAAUGAUGUCGGUCUGACACAGACUGUUUGACAUCAGUAGAUCUGACAGCAGAUUGUCAGCGCAGAUCGAUCACACUUCAUUGUUUGCUGAUCCGAAGCGCGUGAAGAGCUCGUUCAGAUCUGCGUCACGAACUGAUCCGGCAGAGGCGUCGACCUUCAUCAUCUUCAUCAUCUUCAUCUUCUUCAUCAUGGCUCGUCUCGUAAGAUUCGUUUCUCUCGCAGUUUUGUUUGGGUUUGUGAGCGCUGGACUGCACAAAAGAUCAGCUCCUGUGUUUCUGGAAAAGUCGGAUGCACUUAGUGUAAUUUCCCGUCAAAAGAGAGCCAACACGGAUGGUGAAGAGGCUAAACUCCCUGCCAACCUGGAGAGGGAGUGUUUAGAGGAAGUUUGUGAUUACGAAGAAGCAAGAGAAGUCUUCCAGGAUACUUAUCGUACAGAUAUCUUCUGGUCUGUCUACAUUGAUGGUGACCAGUGCGCUGAGCAGCCGUGCAAAAAUGGAGCCAUGUGUUCAGAUAGCGUGGGGGGCUACGACUGCAUUUGUAAAUCAGGCUUUUCAGGAAUCCACUGUGAGACAGAUCAAACGGUAUGUGUAAUCGAUAAGAGCAAAGGUUGCAGUCAGUUCUGUAAGCCGGGCUAUACGUCAUACGAGUGCUCGUGUGCGUACGGCUGGAAACUGCAGGAGAGAGAGAAAUGUGUGCCGGCUGUGACCUUUCCAUGUGGAAAAGUGGCAAGUUUGAGUCAGUGGGCCAGACGUCAGUCAUCUAACGUACAGUCAGACUAUGAAGGACUCACCUGCGGCUCAGAAGAGUGUCCCUGGCAGGCGAUGUUGCGACAUGGAUCGGUUGGCUUCUGCAGUGGGGUGAUCUUCAAAGAAAACAUGGUUCUCACUACAGCCCAGUGCAUUGGGAAGUACAGCGACUUUCAGGUGGCAGUGGGUAAAAGGGUGACCUCAUUCGAAGCAGGGGAGCAGACGCUUCAGGUAAAGCAGGUGCACAUCCAUCCGCUCUAUGCUGAGGGCAAACCUGACAAUGACAUGGCUGUAGUAGAGCUGACGCAGAAGAUCGUCUUCAAGAAGAGCGUGCUUCCGGCCUGUCUGCCCGAGAGAGACUUUGCUGACAGUGUGCUCAUGGCGGGCGACUACAUGGGUGUCGUCACCGGCUGGAAGGAAGUUUCAGGUGUAACGGAUCUUCAGGGGAACCUCAUGUUAAAUCACCUGUCCUAUGACAAACUGCCGGUUUGUUCGCAGCGCCACUCUGGUCAGGUCACCAACAAAAUGGCCUGUACUAUGCCUCGAGCUAAAGCAGACUGCAUCCUUGGAAACGGCAGCCCUGUGCUCACGCUGUACAGAGAGGUGUUCUUCCUCACCGGCAUAGUGAGCAAGCCUUCGGGAACCGACUGCAAGAACGGUUACGUCUUACAGAAAGUGUCCCGCUUCUUGCCGUGGUUGAACACAUUCAUGCGCCCGCAGUGAAAGAGGAAAGAGCGAAUGUGCAAUACACUUCUACCUUGUUUUUGUUUUAGUUUACAUUGCCAUUGUGUCCACUUCCACGCAGCAGAUUAGAAACGUCAAGGGAGUGUUCCAGAAAAAAAAGGUUAACUUACUGUCACAUGUAUCCUGAACCCAAACCAUACUGGUUUUUCUUAUUUUGUUUAAUGGCAAAUUACACUCUUGCAUAGACAUGUCUAUUGUGCAAUGUUAUCCUUUUUCCUCAUUCCCCUUUUUUUCUGAAGUUUUUGAGGUAAAAUGAAAUGAGAAUUGGAUUAUGUUAUAAUAACAUGCACUGAUUAAUCUUUUACAGUAACACAAUGAAUGUGGAAUAAAGGGGGUUUAUGUUUUUUGAUUAUUUAAGUUCCCUGACCUAUGUUAGUCAAGGUUUUUUUUUGUACCAAAACACCUCCUAAAUGAGAUAUAUAUGACCAUUGUAUUGCUAAUUGACCAUGAGUAGUGCAGGUGGAACAAAUAGGAAGCCAAUUAGAGCUAGCUUUCUUUUUUUAAGCUUGACUAAGCUUGACUUGAAAUAAUUGAACUAAUAUAAACUGAUCAUCUGCUUGGCUGUUUAGCAAUAAUAGGAACAUUUGCAUUUUAUCAUAUAUACUGAUCUGAUUAUUUGACUGCUGGCCAUAAAUAAAAAAUAAUAUUAAAGAGA